UGGCCUGCUCUCCCAGACUGGCACACCCACCCCGCCGUCACUGUGGGAGAGUCAGUUGGGCCUUCUGGGCUUCCUGGUCCUCAGCUCCGCCUCGCCUCGAUCUGGCCGGACAGCGAAAACACUUCUCAGUUAAAGAACAAAAGCAACAACGGAUGGACCGAGAAGGACGAAGUAACGGCGACUGAAAUCCAGACCUGAAUCUCACGGAUUGAGAGGUUUCUCUUGUGGUAUCUGCCUUUUGUGACACUACACUCGUAUUUCGGGACCGAGAACUUGGGAGUGGAACAAAGCCUGGCUGGGAAGGGGUGAAAGACCCUAUUUUCAUAUCCCAGAUGGCAACCUACAGUGAACAUAAUGGCAAAAAUGGACUGCUUAUAGGCAUGAAGGGGCCCUUUGGAGGAAAAGUAACAAAUACAGAAUGUGAAGUAAAACUUGAAGCUAAGCGCUCCUCCAAGGAUUUGCGCCACUCUGCCAGCUCAGCAGAAAGCAAUGAGAGUGGUGUGGCUAGUUUCACCACAAACAACAACUCUGUUGUGUGCCUGCCUCUAGUGUCAGAGGGUCUGAAGUUGGUAUGGACACAGUCGGAUCAAACCCGUGAACUUGACUCAAUCCCAGAGCUGGUCCAAGCCUUUAACUUAUUUCCAUACCCAUCAUCUUGUGAGGUUACCACCCUGGCCCGGGUAUGUGCCUUACCUCUGGACAAAGUAAAGGUGUGGUUUAUGGUGCAGAGAAUUAAAUAUGGCAUCAGCUGGUCCUCAGAAGAGAUCGAGGAGACGCGUCAAAAGCUGGCAGUGCCUGAGCUAUGUGAAGAUUCUACUGAAACAAACGAGGAAGCCAAAAUUAAGAACAAGAGCAGAAGUUGUGAGGAAUUGGUAAUUGAGGAUAAGAGCAUCAAUGAAGUAGAGGAUGCUCUCUCUAGCCCCCAGAAGAACAAACCAAAGUGUGAGUCACCAGAUUCCUAUAAACCAGCCAAACCCAAUGUCCCGUGUUUCAGCUCCACCCUCCCACCUCCUCAGGAUUCCUACUUCUACCGCCCACCAGCAGACGCACCAGCAAGUAUAGCAGCUGAUGUCUCCCUUGACCUUUCAGAGCCAUCUUCAAGACAGCACCGUCAUGGGCGCUACAAAAAGUCUAAAGUUCAACUCGCUGCCCUUCGAAAGAGCUUUUUGAGAGAGAACUGGCCUGCGGAGGCAGAGCUUAGACGUUUGCAGGAAGAAACGGGGCUGAGCCGUAACGACAUUCGUAAAUGGUUCAGUGACAGCCGGUACCAGCUUAGGGUUGGUAGAGGAAGCCUUGCUGCAGCCCAGAACUACUCUCAAAACACCGGAGGUAAACCAGAUCAACAAAUUCAACCUCUCCCACUUAUUACACAAAAGACUAGUCAACUAAACGGGGUGAAGGGCCAGGAGGCAGCGCGUGGCAAUGGCGUCAAAAAUGCACAUUUCUUUCAGACCUUCUUGUCAAACAGCCUGGAGGCAUUUGGGGAAAAGGUCCUUGAUUCAGAAGGUUAUGAAGUUAUGGAGGAGCUUUCUGGUGAUGGGGACAGUUUGAAAGAUGAAGAACAAAGUGAAGAGCAACCAUUACAACUGACUAAGACCUGCAAGGUUGAGCCAGAUGUUCCACAGGAACCAUCAGGUAUAUUAAAAAUCUCUCCCUACUCUUCCCCCUCUGGCAGCCCACCACUGACUGCCUCGCCUAAUAAACCGCUUCCAAACAGCAUCAGCACAUCAAAGAAGUCCGCCCACUCAGCCAAAGCCAGUCCUGCACAAACACCCUCAAAGGCUCCCUCAUCUACCUCCCCUGCCCUCACUCCGGCUGGGCGACCAAGAAAGACCAAGGAGCAGCUGGAUUUGUUAAAGCAGCACUUCUUACGCUGCCAGUGGCCCAAGAGUGAAGAUUACACCGAACUUGUUAAGAUUACAGGUUUACCCCGGGCAGAUGUUAUUCAGUGGUUUGGGGACACACGGUAUGCUGUUAAAAACGGUCAGCUGCGCUGGGUGAAAGGGGUUCGUGACCAGUUCUUGGCAGAACUUGCAGCCCAGCAGAGUAGCAGUGGUUUAGCUAACGGAAGCGGCUCUGGGACAUCUACUCGGGCUGGGGGUAGCCGCAAACGAAAAUCUCAAGCAAAUGCAACAACCGCAGAUUCCCCUGAUAUCCAGCCAUUGGUAACAUAUCACCUUUCAACAGGCAAACUAAAUGAAAAAGACCUUGACACUCUAUGCAAGAAAUCAAAAAUGAGCUACCAGCAAGUGCGAGAUUGGUUUGCAAGUCAGGAUUUUGAGGGACCGAGCAAAAGCCCAAUUGUUCCCGAAUAAGACGCUGUAACCAGACUGAAGUACAUUUCUAAAAGUGCUCCUCGCAUCCUUUGCGCCUACAAGCAUAGUUACUACUUUGGUUAAAGUUGCUUUAUUUCGGCAGGUUUGUAACAUCCGGUCUUCCCAGUACACGCCCAAAGUGAGGUUUGAGUUUUUAUAUGUUCUGCAGUUCCUGCUUAUCCUAAUAUAUUUUGGACUUGAAUUAUAAUUGUGCUGCCGUGUUGCUGUAAAUACGACAGUAACUUGUACACUGGUUUGCUAUAUUUUCUUGAGCUUAUUAUUUUUGUUUAGAUCACUACUGCAGAAUUCUUAGUAUGCUAUUGUAGCAGUUUAAUUGGUUUAAACUGGUUGUACUUUUGGUACCUAACUAAAGCAGAUAAGUAACUGCUCCAGAAAAAUGUCUAUGUUGAUAAAUGUGUUGACAGUUCACUGUGUUUUAAUCAUUCCUUUACAGCCAAUAAUUCCUUGUCAAGAAAAGCACACUGGACAUGUCCACUUUUAAAUUGACAUCUUGCACUUUGGUUUUAGAGCCUGCUGCCAUAUUCAUUAAAUCCAAUUAUCUCAAAAUAUUUGUUCCUAACGAAACCGUGUCAUUUUUGAUCCAUUAACACUGAAAGCUAUUGUCAUAACUUUUGAAAACGGCAUUGUGCAUCUAAUUCCUACUAAUGUCUGCAACAUAUUUCUGAGACGCAUUCCCAGAAUCCUCUUUAGACACUGCUGUAAUACUUGAUUUACUGUUUGUAUACUUUGUUGUUUGCAUUUAACUGCACCUUUAACAGUAAGAACAACAGAACCAAGAAGGCAACAAUCGCAUCAAUGUCGUACAGAUGUCAGAAUUGCCCAAUUAAAUUCUGAUUUGCACUCGUUAAUUCAGUCAGUAUUUUUAUAUCUAUUUUGUCUUAAUAGCUGUAGGAUGUGACUUGAUGGUUUAUAAUCUAGAUAAUAUAAUGUAUGGGGGUCUACGUACUGUAUAAGUAGCAAUAGGUUUGAAUCCAAAGAAAAAUACCUUUCUGUUAACUCAUGUUAUGAAUUAUAGCACAAACCUCAUACAUCCAGGUUAUCAGUUCAGAAAACUCCACCCUCUAAAGUACUUCUUUGUAGACCUAAAGAGGGCUUUAAAAUUGAGUCCGAGUUUAGUUAGUUCAUUAUAAAUGUCUGGAUAAAGUUUAGAUGAGCAUCAUGUUGAUAAAGCAGUGUCUAAUUUUUUACUCUAUUAGUAAUGAAGCACGAAGACAAGUGUCAUGCUGUUGGGAAAUGUCCAUAACGCUUAGUGUCUUCCUUUGCAGAUGUCUUUCAUGUAUUUUCUCCCGUUUGAAAAAUGUCUCAUUUGCACAAUUGUGUCACUGGAAACCAGUAAAGGAUUUGCCUUUCUAA